GGCGACAAUUAUUUUGUCAAACAUGGCCGCCGAAGAGGAGUUCAAAAAUUGGUUAGAAACUGAAGGGAAUAUUCGCUUUAGAGAAGCGUUGAAAUUAUCGAAGGAAGAGUCGGAAAAUGACCCCGAGACAGAGCCGUAUAAGUCGAAAUAUGCAGCACGGCAGAUAUUGUUGAAUAUCAAAAAUAAAUUAAAUUCAUUAAAUGUUGAUGACAGCCAAAAAUUAAGAUUGAAAUCGAUUCAGUCGGUUAUUGAUUAUGAGCUAGGUUUAACCUAUAUUGAAACGGAUGAAAUAAGCACAGGGGAGCGAUAUAUAACUAGCAUCACUGAAGACUUUGAACAGUUCAAAUUGAAGCCAGAGUUUUGUGCAGUAAUGGUGAAAUGUUUCCAACAACUUGGAAUGUUAUGGAACGAGAGAAGCGACUUUGAAAAAAGUCUUGGCUAUUUUAGCAAUGCAGAGAGACUAUAUAAUGAGUACAAGGCAUUAUGUGAGGUUGCACCAUUUGAUUACAAUAUGUAAGUUAGUAAAGUCACCAUCAUGUUAGGGGCCAUUCACAAAGGAUGUCCGAGCCGAAGGGGGGAGGGGGGUUUGGAAAAUCAGGACAAACUCGGGCAGUCCUUCCUGUUGUGAAAUUGGCAUUUUGACUAUGCGGUUAACACUAGAUUUUGUUUUAAUUAGUAAUUUAUAUGUUUUUGUGUUCACAUUUACAGUUAUAAAAAAGUUCCAAAAGUAAAAAAGUUUUUUACUCUUGAUAUAUACAAGGUUGCGUGAGUUUUUGCGAGGCAUGGCGGAUGUCCGGGGGGAGGUUCACUAAUUCGGACAAUGCUGGACAAGGGGGGGAGGGGGGUCUGAAAAUCCAUCAUUUGGCCGGACAUCCUUUGUGAAUGGCCCCUUAAUUAUAAACCUGCGAUCAGGCCCGGCUAUAAAUAAAUCAAAGUGACUAGAUGACUGGCAGCCGGCUAUCUAGUAAACUGCCGGCUAUAUAAUAACUAUAGUUACAUAUAAAAACAUUUGUUUGCACUAGUUUUACCGGGCAUAUUGUAAACACUGGACUGGACUUUGGAUUUUGAAAUUAUAUUAUUUUUAAGAUUUUCGUAUAAUUAUAUUAAUUAAAAUCUAAACGGCCAGAACGAAAAUUUGUGCAUGAUAUAAUGUUCAAGGUAAAAAAUACUAUCAGUUAUAUAGGUAUACCAGUGCAAUUUCAUAGAUAUAGCCUGUGGGAUAACAGGAUCAUCUCAGUAAUAUUUUUCAGUAUUUAAUAUUGAAAUUUUAUUAUAAUAUUUGUAUUUAUAGUAUGUUUAGUACAGUUUAUACUGCAGAACUUCUUCUUUAUUGUAUAGAUAAUAGAUUUAUAAAAACAAUUGUGACAUAAAAGUAUCUUGGCAAAUACAAAAUAUUGAGAAACUAUCACAUAUAAGUAUAAACUACACGCGAUUAUUAUUGCGCCUUUGGCUUUAAAUAAUUAUUCGCCAAAGGCGAAGCCGUGAUUAUCGGGGAAUUUGUCAAAUUUUACCAAUCAACUUGACAACUUGUAGGAUUUGUUAUAUAUUUAUUCACUUGCGCAAAAAUACUAAUGACGGUAUUGUUCAUCUUUGCAUAAUAGUUUACACCGGUUUAGCGCCUGCCUAAAUAGGCUGUGUUUACAAUGUAUUUUGUCUGUGUCAGUUUUAGCUUUUUAUGCCAUAGUCGGCAUAGUGAACACGAAAACUCUCAUAGUCAUCAUACUUUAUAAAAUACGAAUGUAUGAUACAUUAUUAAUUGGUAGUGCUGAUUAGUAAUUAUGAUAAUCUAUAGUAUUACUUUAUGUAUAUAUUUAUGUCUAUAUUAUUGUCUAUAUAUGGCUCUUUUGCGUACGUUACUGCGGCUGUGCAUUAAUCUUUAUACUACGAUUACGAUUCCCGCCUGGUUCAUCACUUGCAAGUGGUGGUAGUAUUACAGUAAACGUGGCAAAUAGUUGCUAGACUACCUGAAGCACAUAGACAUAGAUUUUUGCCUUCUCAUACACAACUGAGUAGGUCUUAAAAAGUGUGUAAAUUUCCGUUCGAAUAUUCCUGUCCAUCUACUAACACUUAUUAAUAAUAACUGAAGCAGUUAGUGAUAAGGAUAGCUAACUAGAAUGUCUUUCAAAAAUAAGUAACAUUAACAAAACGUUACUGUGUAACGGAGUAAACAAUUACACAAUACAGUACUAGUAUAAACUAAUAUGCAAAGAUGAACAGUCAAUAGAUACAUAAUACAAUACUCAAUAGGCGCAAUAAUAAUCACUUGUAUAUAGUUAAUAUUUUGUAUUUGCCAGACACUUUUGUUACAAUUGUUUCUGACACAAUUAAUCUAUUAUCUAUAUGAUAAAGAAGAAGUUCUGCAGUAUAAAUUGUACUAUGCAUACUAUAAAUACAAAUAUUAUAUAAGAUUUAAAUAUUAAAUCCCAGAAUAUUGGAUAAUCCUGCUAUCCUACAGGCUAUAUCCAUAUGAAAUUGCACUGCUAGUAUACCUAUAUAACUGAUACUGAGUAUUUUUUACCUUGUAUUAAUAUAUCAUGCAUGUGCAUGCAGUGUAGCACGCUUUUCAGCAGCAAAUUUUCGUUCUCUGUUUAGAUUUUAAUAUAACUAUACGAAAAUCUAAAAAAAUAUAAUUUCAAAAUCGAAAGUCCAAAGUCCAUAGUCCAAAGUCCAGUCCAAAGUUUACAAUAUGCCAGUUUUACCGAGCUUGCCGUUAGCGCAUACGGCAAAGGCACUGUGUGCGGAAAGUGAAACCCAGCCGGGGUCGGGUUGUGUUUUUAACAUCUGACUUUUUCUCCGCCUUUUUAUUAAUUUUAACUCUCAAAAGGUUAGGUUAGGGGUUAGGGUUAGAGGAGGGUUUGGGGUUAGGGAACGGUUUAUCUUAUACAAAUUCGAGUUUAAUUAUAGUCACUAUAUAGCCGGCAGUUUACUAGAUAGCAGUCUGCCGGUCAUCUAGUCACUUCGUAAAUAAAUAAAUAGGCCUGAUAUAUACAAUUAACAAAAGUCAAUGCCGUACAACCAUAUUUCGGUUGUAAAUCUGAUUGGUGUAUGAGACAAAAGAUUUUUUAAUCUGUCAUUUGAUUGAUUGGUGCUAAUUAGAUUAUACCAUUGUUGUUGAUAUAUUUUAUAGUGAUCACAACUAUAAUUAGAUUAUAAUUUUAUUGAUUGGAUGCUAAAUAUAAACUUGGGUAUAUUAUUAUUGAUUGGAUACUAAAUAUAAACUUGGCUUGCUGUGUGUAGAAAGCGAUUGGAUUAAGGGUUGUGUCAGGCUAUUAUUUGUAAAAUAGAGCCUGAUACUCAGGUUACCAUCAUGUUAGAAAUCAAGCUUGCAUUGAGCACAGCUCACAUUGUUAAACCAUUAAAACCAAAACACCUUUCCCAUCUGGCAUUUCACAGAGUUGCAAUGGUGUGAUAAUAUGAGCCUAGGGGUGCACCAGAUUUGGAAUUUUCAAAUCCGGCCGGAACCGGAUUUACCGGAUUUGGACAAAAAUUCCGGCCGGAUUUGAGAUAAACCGGUAAUGGGGACAAUUGGGGAUAAAUCAGUAUUCAAAAUGACGGUUUAUGUUUUUUACUAUUUUUAGUUGGUGUCAGUUUAGAUUUUUGAUUGUGUUUAAACCUUUUUUAAACAUCUUUUUGUUAAUAACUUAAUAUUUUAUAAUAAUAUAAGUGUUUUUUUAAACUUUAAAGCUGCCAAAUUGAUGGUUUAUCCCAUUCUUGGUGAAUUUUUUAUGGUGAAAACAGAAAUUUAAAUCCGGCCGGAUUUUCUCCAAAUCCGGCCGGAAGCCGGAUGCCGGAAAAUUGGUUAAAUCCGGCUGGAAUUCCGGCCGGAUUUGAAAUCCGGUGCACCCCUAUAUGAGCCCAUCGAGUGGCUCAGCUCUCUCCCUUUAAAAGUAAAAUUGUCUCGCAUUUAUAGACAGAGUAAAAUAAUAAAGUAGGAAGCAUCAGUCGAGAGUGCAUUACCACUUAAAAGAGUCCCUAGGGUUUUAUUCCCAUGGGGUGUAACUUGUGUAACUUCAAAAUACAAGCGAAUGUUGUGUUUUAUAUGAAACCACCUUACACAAGGGUCCCAUUGUGAACAUCAGAUAUGAUAUAAAGUUUCUUAAUGCAGUGUUUUUGCACAAUCUGGCAGCAUUUCUUGACUUAUUUGUAUUAUUGAUAUUUUAAAUUUUCUAAGAAUCCUAUUGAUAGAAUAUUUUUAAAAUUGAAGAAAAAAAUCACACCAGUAUUGUCUUUUAUGAAAAGUUUUAAAAAAAUUGUACCAAAGGAAAUUUUUUAAAAUGGCCGGAAAAAGACAAAUUUUGAGCUUUAUUCUAAGCAUGCUGUUGCCAUGGUAACAUACUUUCAACACAAAAGUAACAAAUUGGCAUGUUCAGGAGAACAUUGAACAUUGCAAUUCGCAGUCAAUGUGUCCAAUAAAUUUCAUCUUCCAAAAAUUUCAUGUAAAGUGAAGAAACAGGAGUGUCCUGGAUACUAUAGUGUACUAUAAUGCAAAAACCCUAAGGAUUAAUGAGUGGCAGAACUGUUCGCCUGAUGAAUAAAAUAAUAAGAUAGCAUCCAUCAGGCCACAUUGUGUUUAGGAAAUUGCUAAAUUUGCAGGUUUUAGUUCCACCUAAAUACAUGUAAAGUAAGAUUGUAGAUAUGCUGAUUGAGAUCAAUAGAAUAUUUUUAUUUUUAGGCUGUUUGAGGAAAGCCAAACCAACAUGGCCGACAACUUUGAAAGUCUGCAAACCCAUACAUUGUAUUACCUCACUCAAGCAUACAAAAAUAAUGGCCAAAACAACAGGUCUGCAGAGUAUGGGCACAAUACAUUGCAACGACAGCUAGCAAGCAAACUGUAUUCUCCCGUAGACUGGGCAGUCAACUGUGCAACAUUGUCUCAAUACCAUUUGACACAAGAGGAUUAUGCAAGCGCCAGACAUUGUCUAGGUGGGUCAUUCAUUUAUGCAGAAAUUUAAAAUGAAGUCUUAAGAGACAGAGAUCUAUAUAGCACGCUUUGCUUUAAACAUGUAGUUUUUUAGACCACUAAUGGUUCCAUAACUAUUUUUAAAGCUGCUGCAAGUUGUGUUAUUGCUGAAUGUCCAGAUGAUGAACAAAAGCAUGACAGUGUUGUUGAGAAUGAAGGGGAAGAUGAUAGGAAACUAAGAGAAAGAAUUCCUGAAGCCAAAGCUAAUGUUGCACUAUGUUGGAGUAAAUAUUGUUUAAAUUUGUUAAAAUUGUCUGCAGAGACUGAAGAUGAUGAGACCAAAGGUAGUUGAAAAUUAAAAUUUCUUCUCGGUUGGUGUGGUAAUGUAUUAUUUUGUUUUAUGUAAAACACCACGUUUAUUUAUGUUACAAAGCUCCUGAAUCACUACAGUCUUCUACAGUCUAUUAUAAUCACUUCUGGUGAACCUUCAAUGUUCUACUUUAGUUCCCAGAAAUAUCGUCAUGCGCACUUUCAGUUUUACGCACUUCUGGAUUUCGUUUCAUGCCUGCAAACUUUCAAACGCGUGUAAGGGCAGCGAACUUUUUCGUAGGUUAUUACUUUACCCUCAGCUAGUUUAAUCCAAGGUACGAGAGUUGGGUGAAUUGAUGCACGGGCACUACACGGUAAAAACAAGCUGGAUAAAACAAAGGUUAAGUUGUUUUUCCAUUGUUCGCGCACGUCUUUUAUACCAGUCGUGUUAUCAUUGCAAUGUACCUUGUUGUUGAUCAAUACGGUUCUUUGUUUUACAGAUCUUGCCAAAGACGCCAAGAACAUUCUCCAGUUUGAAGGAUUGGAUGUUUUUAAAAUUGAAUCAGAAAUUCCCUUUGAAAUUGUCAAUAACUUUGAUGAGGUAGCGCUAUUUAUUCUAAGUGAACCACAGAACCAGUCUUAUUUGCACUAGUUUGCUCUAUAUUGACGCAAUGUUUUUACGUUCCAGGCACGUGCGUUGUUCCUUGCUGGUCAACAACACCUCAAUGCGGCAAAACAGUUCUACCAACUUGAUGGUCAUGUUGUAAACUACGUGGAAAUAAUCCAAGACCACAGUCAGUUGUUCAGGUAUCUGAUUGCUUUCGAGGAAGACUUGGAGCGCCAGAGCAAGAUGUGUAAGAGACGUAUUGACAUGCUUACUGAGGUGUUGGUCGAGCUAAACCCUCAACAUUAUUUAUUAAUAUGCAGGCAAUUAACUUAUGAGAUUGCUUCAGUUUAUGGAGACAUGGUUGACUUGAAAAUGGAAAUUAUCAAAACGUCGCACCAAGAUAAACCAUCGCUACACCAGAUUAAGAAGAUCAACUCACUUCUCAAAAACAGCGCGAAGUUCUUCACUCAUUUUAUCGAUUCUUUGAAGCAAGAAGGAAAGUUACCAGAAAAGUUUGACGAGUCUGUUCUACGUGUUGCACUAUUAGCGCAUAUGUACCUUGCACGUGCCCACGCGAAAGAGAUUUGCGCGACACGCGAGGAGAGAUUGGCGAACCAGCAGAAAGCGUUGGAAUUGUACAAGUUUGUUGUGGAUUAUUGUGAUAAUGAUGAAGAUGGAGCCAUUGCUAUUAAAGAGGAGUUGUCAGCCUGUAAAGAAAUGGUGGACUUACUACCAUUCAGACUGGACCAGAUAGGACAAGAUUUGGAACGCUGAAUAGAAUGAUCUUGUCAGGAUAAAUAAGACAUACAGUAAUGUUAUUUGAAAGUUGAGUUAGAGAAAUAGUACAUGAUAAGGACGCAACAAUGUCAUGACAGAUUUCCUCAACACGAAGAAUAACGUUAUGUUAUGGAACACAAAACAAUUAGAAUGUCAGUUAAAUGACUGCAGUUUAUCAGUUGAACUUGUGCCUGAAUGUGUGCGUCAAUAAACUGAACUUUUGCAGGAGCUAAAAAAGAGCAGAGGCCAAUUCUGUUAAACGUUUUUAAAAUUCUAUACGACAUACAAUGAUGCCAUGCGAAUAUUCGAGAAUAUAAUUCUAUUGCCUAUAUUUAAAUUACACAGUGUUUUGCAUUCAAAUUAUGCGACAGUGAUAUUACAAUACUUUUGCCUGGACCACAUUGUCUGUGGUCAUUGGCGUGUAAAAUGCUUUGUCUGUCGGAAAAGAAUACAAUAGAUCGCCGAUGAAUUACAACCAGUGUGAACCAUGCUUUUACAAAAGAAAACUCGUCCCAGCAGGAUAGGUAUAUUAAUAUGCAUGACUUCUAUUGUUAAUUAUCCCAAACUGUGACAGUGGUAAAUUGAAAACAGGGAACGAAACAUCAACGCAUGCAGUAUAAUAUUUCUCAAAAUAAGCUGCUGGGAUAACUAGUGACAUAUGUCUCAACUCUCAAUACAUUUUUUCAGCUAAGGUGACGUAU